AGCAACAACAAACACCGACGCGUCUGACAGCAGCCCCUGAAAUAUCACAGCAGCUGCUACAAAGUCGGCUGAAAAUUUUGCUUUUAGUCCUCUUGAAAAUGAGUUGUCUCUGCCGCUUUCACUGACGGUAGUGAGUCGGAUCUUUCCCAGCCUCUGUGGUCCCACACCCACCUGUCUGCGGCCUCCUAAAAGGCUCAAGAUGCUGCGAGAGAGCUCCAAGGCUUGGAGCAACGGCUCAGAGGCCUACAGCAGCGAUCCCGAGGAGGACGAGGAGGAGGAGGACAUGGUUUUUGGGGAGAACGAUCAGGACGGCAUGGCGGAGGAGAUGAUGGAUCUGAGCGACCUCCCCACGGCGCUCUUCGCGUGCAGCGUCCAUGAAGCCGUGUUCGAAGAGGACGCGCACAGGGAGAGGUUUGAGGCAUUGUUUAGGAUCUACGAUGAACAGACGACUUUCCAGAUGUUCAAAAGCUUCCGGAGAAUCCGGAUCAACUUCAGCACCCCAGAAGCUGCUGCCCGCGCUCGCAUCGAGCUGCAUGAGUCCGAGUUCAACGGAAAGAAGCUCAAGCUCUACUUUGCCCAAGUCCAGAACGGCGACGAGAACAUCGACAAGUCAUACCUGGCCCCUCCUCAGCCCGUCAAACAGUUUCUGAUUUCACCGCCUGCCUCACCACCUGUGGGCUGGAGCCAGAGCGAAGAUGCUACACCUGUCAUCAACUACGACUUGCUGUGUGCAGUAGCCAAGCUUGGACCUGGUGAAAAGUACGAGCUCCACGCAGGCACAGAGUCCACCCCCAGCGUGGUCGUCCACGUGUGUGAGAGCGAGACAGAAGAGGACGAGGCGGCGCGGCCAAAGCAGCAGAUCGUCCAGACCAGACGUCCCGACGGACCCCCCAAAGUCUUCAACUAGAGAGGCCUCCCACCCCCACACCCCUACCCCCCGACACCGGCGCGGCCCCUGACCGCCCUUUAACCCGCAACACACCUGCCCUCUCUCUCUUGUCUCUGCACUCACAGAGAGCGUCGAUGCCCCUCAUUUCAGUUCAACUACAAGCAAAAACAAACCAACAAACAUUGCUCGAGACGGUGUUUGUGGGGAGCGUGGCGAUGGAAUGAGGCGGCCUGAAGGGGAUGGAUGAGAAUCACACACACACUCAUCACAUUCUGCGGACAGCGUAGGGAGCGGCGGGCAACGCUUGCCUCCACCCCACCAACCCCACUUGUUUUUCCAGCAAGAGGGGUCAAAAUACCUGUCCCAACGCAGGCACCUGUCACUUAUCACACACACACUCAGCUCUCAUUGCUAGUCCUGCUCAGUAGCUUGCUAGUCAGUUAGCUUGUUAGCCAUACCUCUCCCUCUGUCAAUCAUGUGUACACUAAUCUUUGGUUGAGGACAUGCGAUACCUCAAAAUAGACAUUUUCUUCUUUUUUUUCUUUUUUUUUUACAAUGAAUUAUGUUUUCAGGUUAUAUAUAUAUAAAUAUAUAUAUAAAUAUGUUUUUUUUUCAUCCAUUUUCAUAUCUGCUGGUUUGUCGCUUCAGCUUGCAUCAAGAUUGAGUGUGUGAUGUUCCCGCUCUUGUCUGCAUGUAUAUACUGUAUUACAAAAAAUACGUACAGAAACACAAAUACUAACAAGAUAUAUCAAGAAAAAGGAACCUAUUUAACAUCACACACAGCACGAAGCGCCAUAUGUGACUAACAAAGUUGUGGUGGUUGACUUUCUUUCUUCUUUUUUUUUUUUGUCUUUUGCUCGUUUUCGCUUUCUGUCUUUUUUUAUUUGGAGAGGUGUUGUUUUUUGCUAAACUACUAGAUGUGUAUUCUUAAUAUGUAUUUGAUACCCCAACACUUUUUGCAUGCUUAGUUACUUCUGUAGAUGAGGAGCUGAGGUGUUUUUUUUUUUUUUGGUUUUUUUUUAUUGUUGUUUGUGACGACAGGGAAAUGGUGUGACGCUUUUGACGCAAGUGCAUAUCCCCACGCAGAGUUUAAAGUGACGUCUUAGGGAGAGAGAGAAAAAAAAGCGGAAUGGUUCGGUCUUCAAUUUGAUGGCAAAUUUGACGCUUUUGUCGGGAUUUGAUGGAUCAGAGACAGUUCAUCCCCCCUCAUUUUCUUCAAGGGGUUUGGGAUGGGUUUUUUUUUUUUUCUGAUUCUAAUUGUUGUAAUUAACAUCUCUAAUGUCUUGGUUAUGUUGUUUAAUCAAACUCACUUUCUAUGUGUCAGGUUUUCCUCUGAAACCUACUACUUGCUUGUUUUGCACUGAGUAUCUCUUGAUAUCUCCAAGCAAUUUCGGGGCUCUCGACCGUCUCCUGCGCACCAGAGUACUGCGCUGCUUCUCGCUGUACAUAGCUGAGCGGUAGAUUUGUGGAAAUAGUCCUUUUAGAUUUUGUAGUUUACCUGAAAGCAUUUUGCUGAGAAAAGGGAAAAUUAGGUAGUCUCAUGAGAUAUCAACCAAAGCAUUCAGUCACCUCAUAUUAUCAACAUAAAAUGGUUUUUCUUACUCAAAGAUGGUAUAUUGUCAAACUGAGCAGAAAGAAAUCAUAUUUUCCCAACACAACUGCAGUUCUUUAUAUUGUUUUUUUUUUGAUUUUGUACUAACAGACAUAGUUUUUUGCAGUAUCUUGUUCAGUAUAAACCCGAACAAAUAUACAUAAGUAAUCAUAAGCUCCUUACAUUUAUGGUUAUUUCUCCCCACGGUCCUUUAUCAGAUCAGUACGUUUCACCUUCCCAUUUAUUUAAUACUUCAGUGCUUUUGAAGCAACAUGAACAAAUGUUCCUAACAGGGCUUUAGUCAACGGUGAGUCUAAACCUUAUUUGUUAUUAGGCAGCAUGAAAUCUAAAAAGACUUUUUUUGCUAUAUAACAAUGUUAGUAAGCAGAAGACAAGUCCGUCUGCAUGUGAGCACUUUAUCGUCAGUGUUUUGUUUCCUUCACAUAAAAUAGUCUUUCUCAAGACAAAGUAGGAAGCACAUUGCAUUUCUUCUGUUUCUUUCUUGUGUUUUUUUUUUUCUUCUUCUUCUUCUUUUAUCUGAAGCUGAACACCUGGUUAGCCUUUUCACCAGCAUAUUGCAGUGAGUGAAACACUCCACUUCCUUUUUGCUAGUGUGAACCUUGGGAAAUUUUCAGGCCUUUUUGGAUCUGUGGGAGUGUGCUACUGUAAAAGGUGUAGACAUGCAGUACAGGUUUAAAAUGGGGAAGGAUGACACAGCAGAACAAAAUCUAUGUCUUUGUUUUCGUGUUUGUCCACAAGAAACAUUCAUCUUAUCUCCCAGACAAGUUAAAACAGGUCUUUGAAAUGCGCCAUGUUGGCAGAUGUUGCAGUUGGCAGUUUUAUUGGCACUACAGUAGGGCUGUCACAGUUAUCUAAGCAGACAGCAGAUUGGUGGAACUACUGAGGUGAUUUAUGAUAAAGAGGAAGCAGGAGGAAGACACUCGUGAAGACUUUUUUACUCUCUGUGGUCAUGGUGUUUAAAACUGAGUGCAUUUUGGUCACAGUUGAAAUGAAAAUGUAUAUUUAUGUACAUAUGCCAAGUGUUUUUUUUUUUUGUUUGUUUUUUUUUUGUUGUUGUUGCUGAGGCCAGUCCCAGUGUGCGGUUUGUUAUGGCUUCUCUUGGCAAUGUUGUAAUUGAGAAAAAAAAAAAAAAAAACAACAAAAAUGUGUAACAAUAAGUUCUGAAGAUGCUCGAUCAAAACCAACUGUCAUUGUGUUGUGUUCAACAUGGACUCUGUUUGAAUGUUUUAUUUCUGGGGAACGUCUACUAAAAAGGUCAAUAAUACCGUUUGUCACUGUUGUACUGUUUUUGUUGAAAUAUGAAUAUUGUGUCUUGUAUUGUAGGAAUCCAGAAAACAAAGUAGCAAAACAAGCAAUAAUUUACAGUUCUAUAAUACCGGUUUGUGUAUUUUCAUGUUCUGUACUUAUUUCUCAGAGAUGGUCUCUGUCUCUUACAGUAUCCGCUUCUCUUUGUGUAGUAUAAUAGUCAUUUGUUUCACAUAGAGAAAUACAUAAAGACUUAUUCUUAAAGCCAUGUUUAGUGUUGUUUAUUUUAAGGGUUACUUUCACUUUUAAAAUGAACACACUUGGGAUGCAAAUACAAAUACCUGCGCAUUUGAGUUAAUGAAAGUUUCAUUAAUUAAGGUAGGCUAUAUAACUAUCUACUAGAUUUAUAACAACAUAAUGGUCAGAUAUAUUCACAACUCACUUUUAGCCCCAGCUCAAGUUUGAGCCACCUUCACAUCACAGAUCUAAGCAUCUGUUUUUCCUGAAAGACAAAUUCCCGACAGUCUUCAGAAACACAAAAUGUUGUUCAACAACACCCGAAUGUAUUUCCCGAAUCAUCAAAGACUCUUUUGUCCAAAUGGAUUAAAUAGUAUUCCAUCAGCUGCAUAAUAAAAAAAAAAGAUUUUUAAGCUCUUUA